GACCUCACGAGGGUAUCCUGAGGGUUACCUCGAAAUGCAUUCUGGCCGCUAGUUUUCCCGAGGUGACCCAGUCGGAAGCCCCAGGGUCACCCCCUGGCGCGAAAUCCCAAGGUCACUUGCGGUAGUCUUGGGGGUAACAAUUUGCCACCCUAAUUUUUGGGGCGACCAACAUGGGCAGCAACCGGUGCGACGCGACGUCGGAGAGGGACUACACGGAGGGCGUGGCGUAUGCCAUCGCGGAGCUCUCGCAGAUCCCCGACACCACGCUGUACCUCGACUCCGGCUUCGGCGGCUGGAUCGGGUGGUCGGAGGGCAUGAGGAGGGUCAUUCCGGUGUACAAGAAGGUGCUGGCCCGCGCCAGGCAGAUGAAAGCGAGCGCCAAGAUCCGCGGGUUUGCCUCCAACGUGGCCAACUACAGCCCGCUCUUCGCCUCAGGCUGCCCCGCCAAGGAGAAGUGUCCCCUGGCCAAGAACCCGAGCACGGGCGAGAUGAACUACGACUGGAACCCGUGCAUCAGCGAGCACCUCUUCACUGCCCGCCUCAACGCCUACCUCGCAGCAGCGGGGCUGCCGACGCGGUGGAUUGUUGACACCAGCCGGUCCGGCCGAGCUGGCAUCCGCAACCGCUGGGGCUCCUGGUGUAAUGUGAAGAACGCAGGGAUCGGAGAGCGCCCCGUGGCCAAUCCCUCCAAUGCGCCGCAAGUUGAUGCUCUUGUCUGGAUCAAGCCGCCUGGGGAGAGCGACGGCCACUCAAAGCUCACAUCGACCACACCCCCGUGGAUCGCGAGUGCAACCCCGACGACCCCCUGGGCGUGGACGCCCUCUCUGAUGCGCCACGUGCUGGCCGGUGGUUCCAGGCCCAGUUCGCCAUGCUGGUUCGCAACGCCAACCCGCCCAUGGCUGCGGGAACAGUGCCCCCGUGCCUGUUUGACCCGCAGCUGAACCCGGUGUGCGCCGAGUAUGACAAGUACUGGGAGGAUGUGGCUGUCAAGUACUCCCCACAGUUCAAGUUUCACCCAAAAGAGACCAUCUGGCCAAUCACGAUCGAUGAGUACCUCACCCACGUGACAGGGUGCGUGGGCAGCACGUUUGAAACGGGAUGGGAAGAUCAGAUCACAUACAACCAGCCGGUCCCUGUCACUCCCACCAACCUCGACACGCUGCUUUCCGAUGGGGCAUUGAAGACCGAGCAGGGCUAUACUGCCCUGGUGUGUGCAGGAGAGGUUGAUGAGGAGACGGACUGGGUGAAGGACUCGGGGCGCAACCCGGCAAAUGGAGGCACCAAGGUGUACACGAUCAUCUAUGAUCCAAAGCCCGACGACAAAGACUCGUUUGUGGAGAUCCAGUAUUGGAUGUUCAACCCUUACAACUACGUCUUCUACGAUUCCCUUGCUGGAAUCUACAACCACGUCACCGACCUUGUGGCGAUCGCCAUCCGCUUCACCAAGACGGGGCAGCCGCAGCGCAUUUGGUACGCGCAGCAUGGCGACGGGCCGGUGUGGGCGUGGGACACCGGGGCUGACUGGGCGGACAGCAGGGCAAAGAACUUUGCCACAGUGCUGGGAACACACCCGAUUGUGUAUGUCUCGCAGGAAAAUCAUGAGCACUACCCUAAAGCCGGCGAUAAUUUCAAUUGCCAUAUGGGUGUGUGCGAUAACACUGGCAACGGAGGCACCACAUGGGCACCCUUUGACAGCCCACAGUCUGCGUUUGAGUUUGUUCACGUCAAGAGCGAGAUGUCUGCCACCAUGCCCAAUGCGGACCGUGCGAAGCUGUUUCAGGGGCGAAACAAGUGGAUGGCGUUCAAUGGAAAAAUCGGUGGAUACGUGAAAGGGACCCACCUUCACACGGGAAUCAACUCAAUAUCGUUUCAGAAGAACCAAGGAAAGGAGAGGCAGCGAUUGGUGCAGGCACGUCGGAUUGAGGUGAUGAGGCAGCAGAGCCACGUGGCAGGGCUGGAGGGGCGGAUCCAGGAAGGCAAGGAGGAGAGGGAGCGGACGAGAACAGCACUGGCAGGGACGAUGGUGACAGCAGCACUGGCAGGGACAUCGGCACAUCAUGCUUGAGAGGAUGAUGGGAAUGUGCAGCAGAGGACGCGCCUCAGCAAGAGUGGGAGCCCCAGCACCGGGUGCUCCAGUUGUUGGCUGCAACGUGCUUCUUAGCCGAAUUCCAGAGCAGCAGGGAGCACGCCUCAGGAGGCGUGGGAGCUGCAGCACCUGGUGCAGCAGCUGCAGAAGCUGCAGGCUCAAAGUCCCGUAAAUGGCGCCAGAAGGGUGCAGUGAGGCAAUGGGGCUCACGGUGCUGUUGAGGGGGAAUGGGCUGCUGGCACAGACCCCUGUUUGUGCACCAAAAGGGUGCAGUGCGGCAAUGGGGCUCAGGGUGCUGCUGAGGGGGAAUGGGCUGCUGGCUCGGACCCCUGUCAGUGUGCCCGCCAGGCUGGCACCACUCAGCAGCAGCAACCUCUCUCUGUCAUGAAUUUGGCAAUUCUCGCUCGCUUUCAUCCUCCCUCGCCCGUGCGAGAGAACAGCUUUUCACGAAAAUUGCCGUGCCUUGGCUUUUCACGAAAAUCGAGGUCGACAAACUUCGGUAACAAACGAGCCCGAACGAGGCGCGCUAGCUAGUUUUAUGUGUAUAAACACGCCCUUUCCCAUAAAUCUGAAUUUAAUCGCGCGGGCAGGUGUUUUCGCUGCCGAGGGCCAGCAUCGCAAAAAAUGUAUGCUCGCAAAACGAUUGCGUAGCAUUCGCGCAAAUGCUUUGCAAACGUUUUGCGAACAUGUGGGUGAAAAUUCAUGGCGGACUUAGAUUAGAACACUUGGCGAAUGCUUUGACAACAUUUCCCGAAACACUUUUUGGUUCACGACAGCGAAUGCUUAGAGGUGUCUUUUCGGUAAUCUCCGUGGUUCGUUUACAAAUGCAUGGCGUUGUUCUUUCUACAACUUUUGUAGUAAACAUGUGAAUGCAUA